UGUCAGCCUCCCACCCCUCAGGAAUUCAGGAAAUUUAUCUUGUGCAACCAGUUAGACAAGAGAAAAAGUUGCAGAGAGACAUUUUGGAUCCUGGCUAGUCAGUCUUCAUGGCCUCCCAGCCAAAUCUUUCACACCUUCUGCCCGCUGCCCGUUUGCGUCAACUGGCCUGUGACUGGCUGCGGGAAGAUGCUCCUGCCUUCGACUAUGGCGGCUAUGCUGUCGGUGACCGUCAGGAAUGUGCCGUGCUCCUCUGCAAGUCCCCAGGAGUCUUAGCCGGCUUCCCUUUCUUUGAGGCCAUCUUUGCUGAAGUUGGCUGCUCUGUAGAGUGGCUCCAUUCGGAGGGAGCAUGGGCAGAACCAAUCAGCCGGGUGGCGGAAGUGCGUGGGCCAGCCAAAGAUAUCUUGCUGGGCGAGCGGGUGGCUCUGAACUGUAUCGGACGGUGCAGUGGUAUUGCUACGUCGGCAGCAAAGGCGUGCCAAGCAGCGCGGGAAUCUGGCUGGCAUGGAGAGGUGGCUGGGACGAGGAAGACCACGCCAGGCUUCCGCCUGCCUGAGAAGUAUGCUCUCCUGGUGGGAGGGGCUUCUUGCCACCGCUACGACCUGGGGAGCCUCAUCAUGUUGAAAGACAACCAUGUGUGGGCAUCAGGCGGCAUCACACAGGCUGUCCGGAGUGCCCGGCGUGUCGGAGGCUUCGCCCUGAAGGUGGAGGUUGAGUGCCGUUCAUUGGAAGAGGCUCUCGAGGCAGGAGAAUGUGGUGCAGAUAUUAUCAUGCUGGAUAACUUUGCUCCGCAGGAGCUGCACCCCACAGCCAGUACGGUGAAGGCCUCUUUCCCUCGUGCGACAGUGGAAGCCAGUGGGGGGAUCACUGAGGAUAACGUGGCCCAGUUUGUGGGGCCCAACAUCGACGUGGUCUCCCUCGGUUGCCUCACCCAGUCAGCGAGAGCUGUGGAUUUCUCUCUCAAGAUCUGCCGGGAUCCGGCCUCCAAGCCGCCACUGCGGAAUUUUGUCUUCUGAGUCCUUAGGAUGGGAGACCCAGACAAGCGGCACUGCCAGGUGGCGAGAGGUUUGAUGUUGGGUGGUGGGGUU